GUACCGAAACACGUGACAAGGCAGCAUCACAAGGCAAGUAGAAGUGGAAUCCGCCGUACUGUGAGACUCCUGUAAUCUUCUUGUCCCCUUUCUCAGCUUUCUCUGAAAAUCGAAUUUAGCCACCGCCGGUGAAAAGUGUAUCUCACGCGCCGCUCUAAUCAGAUUCGACUUCUGUUAGCUCCGCUUGCUGAGGUCACCGGCCUCAAUUCUCCGAUCAGUUACACCACUCUCUCUCUCAAGAGACUUAAUGCAGUUUUCACUGCAUUAGAUUUGAUGAUCAGUGAUUGGAUGCACCAUCUUGAUUCGAAAAUUGUCAGAACGUCAGCAAUAACACACUCCAUCUCUUAUUUUGGUUUUGUGGUUUGGGAUACCAUAUUUUCCAGACAAACACAAUUCAUUAGGACUUCAUAGUUAGCCUAGUCACCAUGCCAAAUUUUGAGAGAACCAUGCCAAAGAUUGAGGUUCCGGAUUUAGAAUUGCCGUUGGAGAACAUGCACUCAAGGCCUAUUGGGGAGAAUGUUGCAAGCUCAUCGGGGAGCAAUUUAAGAUCGUCUUUCAUAGCAAUGGGAUUCACACAAUCUCUUGUUAACAAAGUUAUUGAAGAAAAGGGUGAAGACGAUGUUGACUUAAUACUGGAGACCCUUUUUGCAUAUUCUGCUCGUCAGAAUCCACAAUCUGAAUCUUCUGAUUCUCUGGAUGGCUUAUUUAGUGACAACAAGGAUGAUAUCACCGCAGAAAGUCAUCCGCAAGUGGUUCUUCGGAAACCAUAUUCAGAAUCAUCAGAUUCUCUGGACAGCUUGUUUGGUGAUGAUAAGGACACAAGCUGUUCCCCCAACAUUGCAGGGGUUAUAUGUCCAAAAGAGGAGCCUGACAUUCUUGAUGGAGGUAAUGAUGACAGAAGAGCAUCAUUGCUAAUGAUGAAUUUUUCAAUCGACAAAGUCGAUUUUGCAAUGAACAAACUUGGUGGAGAUGCUCCUAUCAGUGAACUAGUAGACUUUAUCUUUGCUACUCAGAUUGCUGAAAGCCAAGGACAUGAUAACACACACCAUGGAAACGAAGGAACAAUCGAGGAAGCUUCUACUGAAUCCUUGUUUGGGACUAUGGACAAGACACUACGUUUGCUUGAAAUGGGAUUCUCCGAAAAUCAAAUUUCUGCAGCAAUUGAGAAGUAUGGUUCGGAAGUUCCAAUUACCGAACUUGCCGGCUCAAUUUGUGGUGAUGAAAUUGCUGGUCCUUGCAAUGCCAGUUACAAGCAACCUUUCAGCUCUUUCAGCAGGAAUUAUUCAAGUACUCGACCCAAUUAUAGGUCAUGGGCUAGAGGGGUGAGAGAUGAUCUAGGAAGCUGUUCUUUUGAUCCAAUGAAAGUAAAGACUGAGGAAUCUAGUGGAGGAGCUGUUUCUGAUGAUUUGGACAUUGACUUGGGGAAGUACAAAGGAAAAAGGCCAAAAGAGGAAUAUAUUGAUGAGUUAUGCAAUUUGAAGAGGCCAAAACAAGAGUAUGAUGAAGAUUUGAGCAGUUCUCUUGGACCAAUUUUGUUAGAAGCAAGAAAAGUGGCGUCUAAUUCCAGCAGCUUUCGCAUGCCUGUACCCCAAAGAGAGCGUGGCCGUAAAACAGGACGAAUGGAAGAAUUUGAAAUGUCUGCUAAACUUUCCCGGACAAUGUCAUCGAGAAGUGUUGAUCAAAUGGUAUCUAAGCAUCCAUAUUUCUUCUAUGGAAAUGUUAUGAAUUUGUCUCAAGACUCUUGGAUGAAGAUAACACAGUUUCUAUAUGCGAUGGAGCCAGAAUUUGCGAACAGCCAGUUAUUUUCGGCCUUGAGUAGGAAGGAAGGCUAUGUACACAAUCUUCCUUCUGAGAAUAGGUUUCACAUUCUUCCGAAGCCUCCAAUGACUAUACAAGAAGCAAUACCGCAUACAAAGAGAUGGUGGCCAUCAUGGGACACAAGGAAGCAAUUGGGCUGCAUCAGUUCGGAAAUCUCUGGGGUUUCACCUUUGUGCGAUAGGCUUGGAAAGGUAUUAACUAAUUCCAGAGGGUUACUUUCAGUGGAGCAGCAGAGAGACAUCCUCUAUCAGUGCCGGACAGCCAACCUUGUUUGGGUUGGCCAUAAUAAACUGGGCCCCAUGGAGCCAGAACAUCUGGAGCGAAUACUGGGAUACCCGUUGCAUCACACUCGUCCUUUUGAGUCGAGUCUAAGGGAAAGACUUCAAUCUCUCAAAAACUGCUUUCAAACAGACACAUUGGGUUACCAUCUGUCCGUUUUAAAAUCUUUGUUUCAGGGAGGGAUUACUGUAUUUUCAGUUUACAGUGGAAUUGGCGGUGCUGAAAUUUCUCUGCACCGUCUGGGCAUUCACUUAAAGGGUGUAGUUUCAGUGGAGCCUUGUGAGACGAAGCGGAAAGUACUCAAGAAGUGGUGGCAGAUUACUGGUCAAACUGGAGAAUUGGUUCAGAUUGAGAGCAUUCAAAAACUAGCUAGUAACAAGCUCGAGGACCUAAUUGCAAAGUUCGGUGGUUUUGACUUUGUAAUUUGUCAGAACUCCUACACUCACUCGUCAAAAGUUCCUACAACGGCUACGAAUAGCGACAGCCUUGGAGAUUUUGACUUCUCGUUGUUUUAUGAGUUUGUUCGUAUUUUGCAACGCAUCAGGAAUACGAUGGAGAGAAGCCGGUGACUUGUUCCCCUUUGUGCUUGCUUUAGGACACCUGUUUUGGUCAAUUUGUUGAUAAUUUUCUUUUCUAUGUACUUGGUCUAUUUAGACACUGAUUGCAAACAAUACUCUGGUUAUCGAGCUCGUUGAGAAUUUGACUAAUCUUGUCUGUAGUGUCUUGCCAUUCACAAGACUAACCAUUUGGUACAA